UUCAAUCAAAAUCCACGUGAGAUGUCAAGCAGUUUUUGAUAUAAAUUGCUUCGUUUGUGUCGCUGCGAUAUAUUUGAAAACAUCCCCAGCAUGUGUUCCUUUAAUCAAAUUUUCCCCUUUUUAAUCCGCCAUGCAUUUUUCAUUGAGUUAGCGAUUGUUACUAGCACGGGAGUGAUUGCCGUUAAGUAGCAUCUUCGAUAAUACUGUUAAUCAAUACUGUUUCAUUUAUAUAAGGAUUUGGGAAAUUGCGUUUCCCUGGAAUCAUGGAUGGAUUUUACCCUCCCACGGCCGUGCCUCUUUUAAAUAAAAGGGGAAACGAGGAUUUUAUGCACCUGCACAUUACAGUUUUUAAGCAUUUUUCAUCUUUACUUUAGAAUCAAUAUCCAGUCGUUCAUAGCGCCUUAUCUUAUUUCUAUUUGAUAGAUCAUUUAGUGCACACUUUGUCAAAUACAUACAAUAAUCUCAAAGCGCGCACAAAAGAAGCCGAGCUUUCUACCAAUUUAUUUGAUUCCCAUAGAUAAGCUAGAAAUUAAAAGAGGCACCCCGAUUUAAUUGGAUCCAUGUUUCCCACUGAUAGCUUUUCCUUUCCGGGCGUCGCGCGAUUGUGCACAAGAUGCAAGUUUGUCAACAUAUUCCUCACUCAUGAAAAGAAAACUUUAUCUCAAUCAAAACGAAAUGAUUGCGUCUUUCAGUUUUUAACUUGCUUUUGUUCAUCUGUCUUACUUGACAAAUCAAGUAUCGACCGCUAUAUCACAAUUACGGUUAAAAGAAAAACACCCCGCGUGCUGCCGCACGCACAGACCUUAUUAUGUUGGCGUACACGACGUUUUAGUUAUUUUUAGUGUGCGCGCCUAGAAAAGAGCCAUUUGUAGAGGCUGUUUAGGGGUGAUUGUAUCGCCGGAUGUUAGACCAUUCUACUUUUAUACUGCUGCGAAUCUGUACAAUUUCCGCCGGGAGUUAUUUUUUAUUUCAAAAGCAAAGACUGUAUUUAUUUUGUCGAGUUCGCAUUAUUACCGAUGUACUACUUACAUAUUACGAUCGACUGCUAAAAAUGAUGUAUUGUUAUUUCUGUUUAGUAUGUGUGGUAAUGAGAAAUAUGGGAUUAGGAUAAUACAUUAUCAGGUUUAAGUAAUAAGAAAUAUGGGAGUAAGACAAUACAUUAUCAGGUCUAAGCCAAAUUUAAUUGUGGAAAUGAUACCUUUUUGCUAAAAUAUAAGCCGUAAAGCAAAUCACAAAAGUUUUAUGCGCCCAAAGAUAUUUACAAUUUUUUGGGGGCGUGACUGGGAAAAAAAUUAUGGAGAAUUCCAUGUUAAAGCACUCGCAAAGCUUUCCAAUUAAGUAUUUUUAAGUCUCAAAUUUAAUAAUAAGUAGUGCAACAUAAAUGGAUCUCUUUUAGCCUUUGGAGUUUUCUGUAAAUCAUGUUAAACAUUAAUUAAUUAAGUUAAUAAAGUGGUCCAAGAAUGGAUCACAAGAGAAGCCAUAUCAGACGUGUUAUUUCAACAAAAAUUGAUCUAAAAUUGAUAUUUUUAGCAGGAGUGGCCAAUAAAUAAAUCUCCAAAAGAAUGCUAUAUAAAGUAUAAAGAAUGUUAUAAAAAUUAUCAAUGUACCUUUUUUAUAAGUACGCUUAUAAAAAGUGGCCCAAGUAUGGAUUCCAUUGGAACGCCAAAACAGGCUUCCCCCAUAGCACUUAAAGUAGCAUGUUUUAGAUAACGUUUUCCCAUAAAAAGUACUGGAACAUGGUGCCAUGGUAAUAAACAAGGGAUUGUUGGUAGAACAAUUGCGACCUGACUUUUGAUAUUUUUGGUCAAACAACAGGCCCGUACCCAGGGGGUUGCAACGGCCAAAGGUCGAAGGUCCACUUUCUGUUCUCAAUAGACGUGCUAUUAUUUGUAAAAAAAACUAUAAGCAUCAGCUAGAUCAAUCCGGUAUGUAGCUAAGCCGACAAAGGUCCCGUGGAGAUACUGCAAAGGCAUGGUCAGAUUUUUAUCAGAGAAAUCACCCCCACCCCCGGAAAUAUUAGGUCCACUUUUUUGGAUUUCGCACCCCCCAAGAAAAAUCCUGGGUUCGGGUCAGAACAAGGAGUUUCAAAUCCAAGAAUCGAACGUUUAAAUGAAGUGUUUGUCUGAACUUUAUUUUUACUUGAUGGAUAUUAUUUACUUUGUAUGCCUAGUGUCUGUUUCGUCAAAUAAAAAUCAUUAUUAAAAACCUAAAGUCAUCGCUGUUUACCUUGUUCGUUUUAUUUAAAGAAAAAUAGAAGACAACAUACAUAUUAGAAAAUAGAUUUUAACUUAAAACCGGCGGCUUUUUCCAAAACUGUCUUAAGGUGGGUGUAAUGAUUGCCUUUUUUGUAUUUCUAUUUCUUUCGUUCCGCUUGUUUAUAUACAGUAUGCGCUACCCUAAUCGGAAACUCAUUUAAUCAUACAAAUUUUAUACGCAUUCACUGCUAUAUUUGAACGUUUUCACACCUUUUCGCUCGAUAGUUUGUUCCUAAAUAUCUGCGUCCUUCAGCAAAUCAGUCCAUGUCACGCAUAUAAAUGUCUAUAAGUAAACUACUACAGUUUUAACUUCGCCUCAGUUCUGCCCCUCAUAUUCAAGACGUGUCUAUUUCAGAGAGGUGUAAUGUCAUUUUUUAUAUAUAUUCACCACUAACGAGUGACACAUGUUAUUAAUACAUUCUCUUGGGGUUUUAUAAAAGUAUUGAAAUGAUUUCAAAAUAGCAACUAUUGAGAAAACCAAGAAAAUUUCGCGAAACCAAAACGGCUAAGUGUACACAAACAAAAAAUGUUAUAUCAUUUCUUCCUUUUUUUUGCUAUUUGCAUUGGUUUUUCGAAACACAAAGGCUGACCGCUGUUUAACUAUGUCAAUACUAUUGUUUUACCUGUCUGGAACAAUCAGUUUGGCAGUUGAUAUAACUAGUUCUAUGGACCUGAUGAGGCUGUAUUAUUCUACUAAAAGCAUACACAACUGAGCUGAUCACGAAACCCCUCUCUCGCCUUAAUGGGGCACUAGCACGCUUGAUCUUAAAAAGUUCAAUAAAAUAUGAAAAAGUGUGUAACAAAACAACGCAAAAUCUUCCUGAUUACUUCCUGAUUACUUCGGAGUUAAUGCAAAGUAUCUAGUUGGUUUAAUUAUAAAAUUUGAAGGUUUAAAGAAACCGUACAGCCUGUUCCGGAGUUCUUUUUUUUAAAUCCAUUUCCAUCCGCUCGAUGUGAGGCAUUCAAACCAUUAUAUUCUAUUCAUAUGAACGAUCAAAGGUUAUUUAAUAAACCUCGAUAGUUACUUCAUUCCGUAUGAUUUCCGUAUGACUGUUUUUGAUUUCCGUAUGACUGUUUUUGAGAUAGAACUAAAAUCACACUUUAACCGUUCAGCAAGUGGCACUUUAAACUAUCGAAGCAAAACGGGCAUUGCUCGUCAAACGGCUAUAUCACAGAGCGAAUGCGUAGUAGUUGUUCUUGAAUGAAUACUCUUGUUUUUGGAAGAUGAUCAUUGAAGUCGUAUUGAUAGAACGGUAGAUGUGAAUGCAAAAUAUCCUUGUUUAAAGAUGUUGUCGGAAGUAUGCCAAGUGAAAUAAACAGUAACGUAUCCACAAGAGUCCAGUAUAGCGUGUAAGGAGGGGGGGGAUAAUAUCUUGUGAGUACAUAGUGCAUUCUAUUGUUUGUUGUGGCGCUAUGACCCCCCUCCCGAAUAGCGUGUCAGAGGGGGCGAAGAGCGUGUAAUGUCAUCUUUGAGCACAAAAUUUGUACUGUUUGUUAUGACGCUAUCCCCCUAGAAUGCUUCCAGUGAGGGCGUUCCUUAUAACGUCUUGUGAUUGUCUCAUAGUUUUGUUCAUUGCGGCGCUCUAGUCCUCCCGCUGAAUUGCGUCGGGCACGUCACCGUAUAUCCAUAAUUUCUCUUGACAAUGAGGUCAGUUGUGGGUUAUGUAACGAUAAACCUACCAAAUCCUUAUCGGCCCACCGCGUUAACAUUCUCAACCCACAAUCUCCCUUAUGCCCUGCCCCUCCUCGACACAACAGUAUCUAUGCAAACAUCAAUUGAUAUUAUUAACAAGCCGUGUACGAUCGUCACCAUAGGGGCUUGCGCAAAAGAAUAUUAUUAGGGUAGCUAAGCGGAGUUUACAAAAAGCGUUUACGGUACUUCAGAGAUUGAAUGUCUAAUUUCGGAAGUCUUUGAACUAGCUAACAUGGUAUAUUGACACCAUAUGUGGCCUAAACGAGAGAUUUAAAAUAAAAAAAAUAUUAUUAAGAAAGCUAAGCGGAGAUGUUAAAACGCUUUUACGGUACUUCAGGGAUUAAAUGUUUUUUUUUUCAAUUUCGAAGUCACUGAAAAAUUUUGUAAAGCUUCUGCCAUAGUUUGACUUGCACUAAAAAUACUUCUAACUUCUAAAUAUUAUUAGAAUAGCUAAACAUAGUUUAUAAAACGCCUUUCCGCAACUUCAGAGAUAAAAUGAAUUCUAAAUUUUGGAAGCCUCUGCGAACAAGCUAGCAACGUACUGAUGACUUUGUUUCACUCUCUGUGGACUCGUAAGUUACCAGUAUUGCUAACGAUCCUUUGAGUGUACUUGACGUGUUUUGUCGGCUCGCUGCUAACAUCCUUCUUCGGCCUCUUUGACACAAAAUAACAAAACUGUAUGGGAAGCUUCGUUCGAGUUUACCCGCUAACACAAGUAAUUGAUUUCAAAAGGAGUCCUCGACAAGUGACAGGAUCCAAAAUCGCAUUUUCUAGCAGUUGGUCGCGAGUGCGGCGAGGUUUCGGAAAUAGCAUUUCGAUAACCUUCACUCUGAUUCGUGCGUUUGGCCUGAAAGAAAAUGAGAGAGCCAAACCCAUUGAAAGCCACUUUAGCCUUGUUAUGUGAGAGAAAUAGAUAUCCUCUCGGUUUCGGUAAACAAAAAAGGUCUUUGUACUCAAGCUUUGAAGCAAUACACUCGUUUCCCGCCAAACCAAAUCAUCAGCAUCCCAGUUUCCCGCCAUUUUUGCCUUUCACAUUUCGCAGUCGCGAGAAGGUAAUCUGACAGUGUUGUAUUGAGAUCUAGUAAGCCGCGUCGUGUGAUUGGUCCAUUCACGGCUCAAAAAGACAAAGAGGAAAUCUGCUGCACUUUGGGGUAAAUACCAUCAACUGAUAAUAACGCGCUGUUAACGCGACAAGCGUUUCCCUAACGGGAAAGUUCGCCCGAUACUGUGGCUCAGUGCGUCCGUCUCUUCAUCACAUUGUGUUCACGCUUAAUCUGGCGAUACCACCUGGACACCAGAGAAAAAAAACGACCAAAAAAUAAGAAAAAAAGGACAGAAAAAUAAUACGGGUUCGGUAGAAAAGUGCUUCAAUAACCGUUGCAAGACACUCAAGCGUUCUUUCACACUAAAGUUUGAUUUAAUCUGCGAAGGACGCUCGCGGAAUCCGAUCAAGUUGAGAGUUUGGAAAAUCGAUCAAGAGGAGUGAAUAUCUGCGAAGACAAGCGCCUUUCAAGAGCUAAAUACUCUGACGACUGAAUUGCGGAUUGAAUAUCACAUCAACACACAAAGUGGUCGCGGCCUGUAAAGCAUCCGUGGUAAUUAAAUACCAAGUCGUGAUGGUUGAUGUCUUCACCGUCGGUGUACGACCUUAACAUGUGACGAAAUCACCUCUGAUGAUUAGCAUUAGUACCCUAGUCAAUCACGAAUGCUUGAGUUUAUUUAGCGCAAAGUGCUCUUCACAAAUCAAGCAUCGUAAAGAGCUUUGAGGAUUGGUUUACGAGAAGAUAAACAGUGAAGUGUGAGUAUGGUGUCCAUGGUGAGCAUCAACUCAACGAACUUAACUCUAGACGACCAAGUGAUCGUCGCGCCUUUGGACAGAGUUGAAGGAAAAGUUCAACUCGCUGUGUAUGUACUUACGUUUCUUGUCGGCUUACUAGGGAACGCUCUCGUUUUAAUCGUCGUCUACGGAAAGCAUUCGCGUCGGACCGUAAACGAUUUGUACAUCAUGAAUCUAGCCGUGGCGGAUCUUAUCUUCAUUGCAUUUUUGCCUUUAUACUCAUUCAACCUUUUCCAACGCGUCAUUAUGUACACGCCAGUCUGUAAAUUUGUCCUCCCCGUCAUGACUAUGACGUAUUUCGUGAGUAUCUACACGUUAACGUGCAUGGCUAUCCACCGAUGCAUAGUCAUACUGAACCCCUUCAAACCGGAGAUGAGCCAUCGGAAGGUGUACUUAUGUAUCUUGGUCAUUUGGUUUAUAUCCCUGGUGUUCGUGUUACCCAUGUCUGUGGUCUCCAUCGCAGAUGCUACAGGUCAGUGUAUCGAGUCGUGGCCCUCGCAGAAACACAAGCAGGCUUACACGGCCUCGCUAUGCAUGCUACAGUACAUUUUCCCUCUAUCCGUUAUCACAGUCGCGUACAUUCGGAUCUGCUUCGACUUGAACCACGAGCGAGCUCCGAAACACGAACGCCACGCACAGCAUCACCAGUUCCACCGCGAGAACUUACAGAUUAUCAAGACUCUGGCGACCAUAGUUAUCUUAUUCGCGGUGUGUCUACUUCCUGGCCAGGUGCUAUGGAUGCUCUUGGACUUUGGCAGCAAAGACGAAAAGAGUCUGCAGAUGUUGUUUAGCAUGAGCAUUAUUCUGUCCGCAGUCCACAGCUGUCUGAACCCCAUCGUGUACGGCACGCUCACGAAACAGUUCCGGCGCGAGUACAUGCGUUACUUGUCGUACAUAUGCGGGUGUUGUGAGUGCAGUGAGGGCUGGAGGAGGCCAAGGCUCGCGAGCGUGUGGAUGUCAAUCAGCAGUGAGCACCACGAGAACAAUAACAAGGGGAAGCACGUCGAAUGGGAGACUAAAGCUAAUGGCACCACAAUCCUAGACAGGGAGUCAGUAGUUUAGCGUAAUGAAUAUUUAGGACCUCCCUUUUGGAAGUGUACGAGCGAGAGAAAAGUGACGUGACGCUAAUCGUGACCGUGCUGUUAGGUGCGUGACCGUAGUGCUGUGCCUCUAACGUGACCGUGUCGCUGCGUGCGUAGGCGAUGCCGUGACGCUUCGUGACCGUGUCUUGGCGGCACACGACUGCUCCGUAAUGGUGUGACGCUGUGCGUGAUAAUGCCGUGACUAUAUCGUGACCGCACAAUCACAUCGUGACGACAAUGCUGUGACCGUGUCGUUAUCGUAUCGUGAUCGUGCCCUGACCAUAUCAUAACUGUGCGUGACUGUGGUGUCGUGCGUGACUGACGUAAUGGUGCGUGACUACCGUGAUCGUGAAGGUGCGUGAGUGUCUCGUGAUAGUGUAUGACGGUACGUGGUGCGAAUGGUGAAUAUAGCUAGAUCAUCGUUUAGGGGAAGGAACUGCUAUCGUCCGUAAACAAGUUUUGGAUUACACAAUAUAUUUUAUUUCAAGCUGGCAAAUUAGAUGUUUUUAAACAGCUGUUAAUAAACAAUAGCAACAAUUCA